UGGGUGAGCUAUGAAAGCUCUUUCUGAAACUGCUUUCACUGUAGAAAGAAAUAAACCCUGAGAUACAGUAGCCCUUUUAAGAGGGAGGUGUAUGCACGCAUGCAUGUGCACAUCAGUCUUCUUAGGGUCUGUACUUUUUCCUGUUAGACCCCAUGGUGGCCGGAGGACUCUGAUUAAUAGGACUGCCCAGCUACUGAAGAAGAGUGAAUUGAGGAGGGCUGAGGCACUCAUUCUUUAAACUGUUUUUACCUAUAGUUUGUUUCCACACUGCUGGAGACCUGGGGUUUCUUCUUUUCUAUGGUGUUAGCUGUCUCAGAAAGCUUCCAUGCUCAGCAGGCUCUAGGUGGCGAAGUAUAUAUUUCACCCACACCUCCCCUUGUCCCUGGCCACUUCUAGAGGGCAAAUCCCUAUCUGGAAGCCAGAAAGGCUGUGUAUCAGACCAACUAGUAAUGGACCGCCUAGAGCAGCGGUCGCCAACGGGUGGUCUGUGGACCACUGGCGGUCCGUGAGGUCCAAAAGGUUGGCGACCACUGGCCUAGAGUUCCAGCAGGGCAGAGUGCAGGAGCUGAGCGGGUAGGAUCCAGGAACUGGUGGCCUCAGGUGGGAGAGGAAGGAGGUGCGGAGGAAGACAGUAGGAGCAGGCCUGUCACACCCCACAAGACCCAAAUCUGGCUCUCCUGAGGUGCUGGACCACUAGGAGAGGUGGCGCUGAGGGGAAGUAGGUAGAGGCAGGGGGAGGUACUCAAGGCCUAACUUGCACUUUGGCCAUGAGGGUGAACCUGGAGGCCUGCCCCUAGCCUCCCCCAGAGGGGUUGUCAGUCCUGUGUCACUAAGACUGAUUCACUUUAGGGCAUUUGUAAGUUGCUGAAUAUGAGGAAUCAGGAAAAAUUAACCAUAAUCCUUUCAUUCAACCUCUGUUAAUACAUUGACAUACUUCCUUUAUUUUGAGAUCAUACCCCCUGGACUAGUUAGUAUGCUGUGUUUUCAUUUUAAUAGUACAUAAUGUACCUACUUAUAUAAAGCUUUGUAGAGAUCACAUUUAAUGGUUGGAGUAGCAUGAUUUGAAUUAAAGUCUGGCCUCCAGGUGUUUAGGCCAUGACUCCUCUCCCCCAGCUCUUAGGAGGGCAUGUCACAGGCUUCCUGAGGUGAGCUUGUGGGUGAGUGGCUGGGAUCGUGGCUGUACUCCUCACCAUGCUGACGCCAAAUCAAGUGCAUUGGGUAGUAAGAUCAGGGCAUGGGCUCUGGACCUCUAGGUGCCUGCCUCCCUUAAAUGUACGUGUGGCUCAGACUUGAAUGAGCACCACCUAAUAGUGUCUUAAGACCCUGGGGUCCCAUCCCUCUUUCCAAAUUCUGAUUAAGUGGGUUGGGGGUGGGGGCAAGAAUGUGAUGUGCCUUAAAGUUGUCCUAGGCAGUUCUCAGGAGAGGUGCUGUCCUGUGCUGUUUGGCAUCACUGAACUGGCUCUGGUAUUCUCGGAGAGAGAGAGGCUGGGAUGGAGGAGCAGGCAUGUGAGGGAGCUGGGGAGUGAAAGGAACAUGAUGAGACAGAAGUGUGAUGGUCCUAAGCUUGGGCAUAGCAGUGGUUCUCAAUGGGACAUUUUUGUUCCCCAGGGGACAUUUCGCAAUAUCUGGAGGCAUUUUGGUCGUCACAGCUUGUGGAUAGAAACAGGAAUGCUGCUAAACCCCCUGCAGUGCACAAGACAUCCCCCAAACACUCAGCGGCCCUGAAUGUCAAUAGUGCCAGGAUUGAACCCUGCUCUAGACUGGGACGUGGAGGAAAUGGGUGAGGAAGGUCCCCAGCUCACCAAAGUGGCCUGGUGCCUGUCCCCUGAGGCUGCUCUGGGUUGAACCAUUUCUCCCCUAGACUUAGCUCUGCCCUGGCUGACUCCUGGGCAUCAUUUUCUGGCCCAUUUCCUACGUAGGUAAACUGACACUCAGCAGAGGCUGCCUGCACAGGCAGAUAGGCCUCCCUGUGAGACCCGAGGGUCAAUGUGUCUUAGUCGCUGUCUCAUCCGUGCAACCAAGUUCUUGGUGCAGACUCACAUGUUGGGCCAAGAGCCUCUAUUGGCUCAUUUGCAUAACAAGACCAGGAGGACUCCCGUUUUUUAGAGAAAUGUUGACAGGUGGGGGUGGGGAGUCAUUCUCCCAUUGUGCAGAGCCUGCUGCUGGCUUGUGCAUCACAGCAGGUGGGUUUGGACAGAUGGGUAGACACAGGCUGUUCUCAGUCCUGCCCAGACCUGUCUGGUUGAGGUGUACAGAUCUGUGAUAAGAUGGGGACCAUGAGAAGAGCAGAGGUUGUGGCACAGGAGGAACAACGUGGUGCUGUUGUGUAACCGCAGGCGACGGGGUGAUACCCACGGCUGCUGGAGGGCAUGGGCCUUGGUAGGCCCGAUUUCUAGCUUCAUCAUGAUCUUUCUGCUCCACUGUUUCCUCUUCUGCGAAAAGCCUUCAUCCCAGCUUUAAGGUGGGAUGCAGACACAUAGUUCUCUCUGUCUGUCUCCCUUGCUCUGCCCACUCCCCUUGAUCUUUCUCACCCUUUGUAGCCACCACGUUCAUCUGAACAAUCACCCAGUCCCUCAGGGCAUCAUGCCCUCACCAUCACAGGCUGCUGUGGCUCACCUCUGUCUGAGAAUGCCCCUGAGUCCGGUGUGGUGUUUGAACAGUGUUGAUCAUCCUCUCCUUGAAAGUUACAAUUUCUCCCUCUUGCUGCUCAGCCAUAUCCUCAUUCAGCCUCGUAAAGGUUGGUGUCCGGAAUUCCGCCCUUGACCUCUCCACUGUACACCACGUGAAUAGUGACCACUUUCACCAUCAAAUAAUGCAUGUCUGGGGAGGAUUGGGGAGGAUAUGGAAAUUCCUGCAGAGAGGCCUACAGAUAAUGGAAGAGGUCUGUGUCCCCAAAAGCCUGGCCAGCUGUGCCACACGCUCUCACCAGGCACCUGUGCAGGUCAUGCCUUCAGCCUAGAGCAUCAUCUGUCUCCUAAGCCCAAUGCCCCAUGGUCACCUCAGACAAGGUCUUGCCCCCUAGGCUGUCCCAUCUGUGUCCUGAGUGUUUGAGAAGGAAGUCCCUGCAUCCAGUCACCUGGCCAGAUCCGUGCAUGUUUUAUUAUUCUAGACCCUCGUCCCUCUGUAUCGCUCCACUGCCCUCAGUGAGGUCCUUGUCUCACUAGUGCAGGUGUCUAGGGCCCCUUGAGCACCCAUGCUCUGGGCCAGAGCAGUUUUAACCAGAGGCACAAGGGACUACCUACUGCCUGUUGGCAAAACCCAGCAGAUCCUGUCUGUGUAGAGUGAACCAGGUUUCCUAGUAGAUGCCUCCAGUCCCUUUUGGAAAGAAAUGCAAUCGAAAUGAGAACUUGCUGGAGAGUUGCAGACCAGAGGAGAGCUAGAUAGAGAUGUAGGGACCCCCUUCUCAGAGAUGGGACUGGGAGGGGAAGCGCUGUUGGUAGCUUUCCCAGCUUCCUGGCAGAGGAAUGGGAGGAGCUCUGAGCCUGGUUUCCUUGGAGAGGGGAAAAUAUUAAGUGGCCUUGAUUAUGGAAACGCAGACUGGGGACUGCUGACACUCUGGGAGGCCCAGGUUUUGUCAACAGGAGUGAAUGGUUCCAUAGUUCUUUGCAGGCGUCAGUGCAUGGCCUGGGCCUGACCAAAGUCUGCGGAGUUGGGAAACUGCCAUUUGGAGCAGAGGUCCCUUCUUGUUUUUCUCUGCUGAAACCUUGACCCCUCUGUGGGCGGCAGGACCCUCCCCAAGGCCUCCUCCCUCAUGCUCGUUCUGCACUGGCACCUGGGCUGCUGCUGUCCCACAGCCACUGAUGACUUGAAAUGCCCCUACCCUGCCUUUCUGGAGCCAACUUUGGUGCCACCCUGCCCUCCCUCCAGGAUGGGCCCCACCUCUCCAGCCUCCUUGCUUUCUUUGGAAAUGAUGUCAUGUUUGCAGCCGGAACAGUGGUUGAUGCUGUUCUGUUGACUGGUAAAGGACUAGUGUGGACAGGUGUGUUUCCUGUCUAGGACUGAAGGCUGGUCCUCUGAAGGACCAGAGGUUAUAAACUGGCCCACAUAAUCUAGAAACCAUUUUGAAUUUACAUUUUAAAAAGUGAACAGCCAGCUGGCCCCCAGACUGUCAAGGCCCAGACCACCUGGACUGACGUCGUCUCAUGGAGCCUCAGGGUGAGAAGCCAGGAGAGGCCGACGGGGUGCGCAUCACCCCCCAGAUGCUCAAGUCCUGCUCGGGCGAGUUUGCCCUGGAGUCCGUCCUGCUGCUGAAGCUACGAGGCCUGGGACUGGUGGACCUCGGCUGCCUGGGAGAGUGCCUGGGUCUCGAGUGGCUGGAUCUGUCUGGCAACGCGCUCACCCAGCUGGGCCCCCUGGCCUCCCUGCGCCAGUUGGCCGUCCUCAAUGUUGCCAACAAUCGGCUGACAGGGCUGGAGCCACUGGCUGCCUGCGAGAACCUGCAGAGUCUCAAUGUUGCAGGCAACCUGCUGGCCACCCCUAGCCAGCUGCAGUGUCUGGCGGGGCUGCGGGGCCUGGAGUACCUGCGGCUCCGGGACCCUUUGGCCCGGCUCAGCAACCCUCUCUGUACCAGUCCCUCCUACUGGACGGUGGUCCGAGAGCUGCUGCCAGGCCUGAAGGUCAUCGACAGUGAGCGUGUGACUGGGCGUGGCAGUGAAUUUUACCAGCUGUGUCGGGACCUGGACUGCUCCUUGCAGCCCAGCUCCAGCCCAGGCCCCAGCACCACUGAGGCCCAGCCCUGGGUGGAGUCAGGGUACUGGGAGUCCUGGCCGCCCCGGAGCAGUUCCAUCCUGGAGGAGGCCUGCCGGCAGUUCCAGGACACGGUGCAGGAGUGCAGAGACCUGGACCGCCAGGCCGCUGACAGCCUGGCCCAGGCCGAGCAGCUACUCAGUCCUGCGGGUACCGCCUCCUCCUUUGUCUUCUAAUUGUGCCCCAUGGCCCCGGACAGCGUGGCAUAAGGCCAUGAGGUCGGCACAGUGUGACCCAGCAGCCAUCUCCCCUCCUGCCUCUGCACUUGUCUUCACUGUUCCAUCACGCUGGUCACUGUCCCUGCAAACUGCGCUAUUCAUUUAUCCCUGUUCCUAGGAGCAGACCCCCUCCCUCCCACUCCUACCUCAAGAAAAUCCCUGUGUUCUUCAGGGAAGCACUUCCCCUGGGCUUCAAGCAGGUGUCAGGACCCUCCAUUAGCAGCUGGCACUGUGUGUCUGUCCUGCCACCUAUGCCAUACGCCUGGGGAGGAGGGUCCAGGCCUUUGUCUGCCACUCCUGGCUGCUCAGGCCUCAGACUGGCGGAAGAAAGCUGCUACUCCCUAAGGGUAAAGGUGGCAAAGGAAGGGAUGGAGUGCCCCCCAUCCCAGUGGUGCUGGAAAUAGAUAUGAGCAGAGCACAGAGCAUGGAAGCUGGCAUUUGCCCCUUUCCAGAUGUGCCUACCCGCCAGUCCCGUGUCUCCAGGGAGCCUUCACUGCCCAUUCUAAGCCCUAUUAAAUAUUUCUGUUUUAA